UUAAAAAAUUGGAAUAAAUGGACUUGAGUUUUAUGCUAAAACUAUAUGAACAUAAUUUAACCUUUUUUAAUAAUAGGAGACAGUUAUUUUCGUGAGUUUCUUUUGGCUGCAAAGUAGAGAGACUUUCAGGCUAGGGUUUUUUAAUAAAGGUAGAGUCGGGAGUAGAAUACAGAAGAACUUCAUGGAAAUCCUAGAAUAGGAACUGUGAUAUGGCUGGGCCUUCCAGAGUCCAGAAUCCCCAAAUCUUUAUAUCCAAGUGUGUUAAUUAUCUAUUGCUAUGUAACACAUUACUCCAAAAUUUAAUGGCUUAAAACAUUUAUUUCACAGCUUCUGGGUGUCAGGAAUCUAGGCGUGGCUUAGCUGGGUGCCUCUGGCUCAAGGCUUCUCACAAGGCUGCAGUCAAAGUAUUGGUUGGAGCUGCAGGCAUCUGAAGGCUUGACUGAGGAAGGAUCUGCUUCUCAGAUCACUCACAUGGCUGGUUGGCAGGCUUUAGAUCAUUGCUGUCUGUUGGGCUGAAGACAAUAGAUCUUUGCCAUGAGGGUCUUCCCAGCUUACAACAUGGCAGCUGGUGCUCCUGAAUGAGAGGGGUGACAAGAUGGAAGCCACAGUAUCUUUGUAACCUAAUGUUGAAAGUGGCAUCCCAUUAUCUCUGCUGUAUUCUGUUUGCUAGAAGCAAGUCACUAAAUCCAGUCCACACUCAAGAGGAGAGGAUUACACAAAGGCAUGAAUACCAGGAGAUGGGGAUUAUUAAGAUCACUUUAGAAGCUGCCUGUCAUACCAAGUUUGCAGUAAUUAUCUGCAGGAUUCGCCAUGACCCCAGCUCUGAGGGAGGCAGCAACAAAGGGUAUCUGCUUUUCAUCUUUACCAAGUACCAUGGAGUCGGACAAGAUGCUAUGCAUGGAAGGUCCAAGAACUGUAGAUGAAAAGCUAAAAGGAGACACUUUCUCUCAGAUGCUGGGAUUUCCAACUCCUGAACCUACUCUUAGCACUAAUUUUGUGAAUUUAAAACAUUUUGGCUCCUCUCAGUCUUCAAAACAUUACCAGACUGUUCUUUUAAUGAGUUCUAAUGCUACAUUAAAUAAAUACAGUGAGAAUUAUAAACAAAAGAAAUUAGGGGAACCCCACUGCAAUAAGCUGAAAAACAUACUGUGUAAUGGCAGCAACAUUCAGCUCAGUAAAAUCUGUCAUUCUCGUUCUGAAGAGUUCAUCAAAAAGGAACCUCUGUCAGAUACCAUGAGUCAGUGCAUGACAGAUGUACAAAUUAUUCUGGAUUCAAAUAUAACCAAAGACACUAAUGUAGAUAAAGGACAACUGAAAAACUGUAAGUUGUACCAAAAGAAUGCACUUUUGGAUAAAGAUAGUGAUGCUGAGAUUAAAAAGGGUUUAUUGCACUGUGCUCAAAACAAAAUUGGGCCUGACCACUCACACGUGCCUAUUAGUUCCUCAACUGCUGAAAAAGAGGAGGAAGUGAGUGCUCGUUUACUUCAUUGUGUAAGCAAACAGAAAAUUUUACUUAGCCAGGCUAGAAGAACUCAGAAACAUUUGCAGAUGCUCCUGGCAAAGCAUGUUGUUAAGCACUAUGGUCAGCAAAUGAAAUUUUCUAUGGAACAUCAACUCCCCAAAAUGAAGAUUUUUCAUGAACCUACCACAAUUUUGGAUAACAGUUUACCUAAAUGCACUGAAAUUAAACCAGACACCAACUUAUUGACUGCAGAGAGUAAAUUGUGGAAUGAUACAAAAAAUGGCUUUGCACGGUGUACAGCUGCAGAAAUCCAAAGAUUUGCACUGUCUGCUACAGGGCUGUUGUCUCAUGUUGAAGAGGGUCUGGAUUCUGAUGCAACUGAUAGCAGCUCUGAUGACGAUUUGGAUGAAUAUACCAUUAGAAAAAAUGUGUCAGUUAACUGUAGUACUGAAUGGAAGUGGCUUGUAGACAGAGCAAGAGUUGGCAGCCGUUGGACGUGGCUUCAAGCCCAGAUUUCAGAGCUAGAAUACAAAAUCCAACAACUAACGGAUGUUCACAGGCAGAUUCGUGCCUCCAAGGGGAUAGUGAUCCUAGAAGAAUGUCGACUUCCAAAAGACAUUUUGAAAAAGCAAAUCCAAUUCGCAGACCAAGCUGCUUCAUUAAACACUACAGGGAAUCCCCAGAUUCCUCAGGAGAGUCAAGAUCCUUUACCAGAGCAAGAUUUUGAAAUGUCACCAAGUAGCCCUACACUACUUCUUCGCAAUAUAGAAAAACAGAGCGCACAGUUGACUGAGAUCAUCAGCAGUUUGAUUGCCCCUCUCAACUUGUCCCCAACAUCAUCACCCCUCUCCUCUAAAUCCUGUAGCCGUAAAUGUCUGGCUAAUGGCAUUUCCAGGAGUGCUUCAGAGAAUUUAGAUGAGCUCUCUUCCUCCAGUAGCUGGUUACUUAACCAGAAGCACAGUAAGAAAAGGAGAAAAGACAGGACAAGAUUGAAAUCUCCAUCCUUGACUAUCAUGAGUACAGCAGCUCGAACAAGGCCACUUCAGAGUUUCCACAAACGAAAACUCUACAGAUUGAGCCCUACUUUUUAUUGGACUCCUCAGACUUUGCCUUCAAAAGAAACAAGGUUUUUAAAUACUACACAAAUGCCUUGCCUGCAAUCAUCUUCAAUUUGGAGUAGCUGUGAACACAAUUCAAAGUCUCAAAUAUUAACAGAACAUGUAUCAGAGUUAGAUUCUUCUUUCCAUUCCGUUCUAUCAUUGCCAUCAGAUGUGCCUCUUCAUUUUCACUUUGAAACAUUGUUAAAAAAGACUGAAAUAAAAGGAGAUCUUUCUGAAAAUAAAUUUGUAGGAGACUGUAUCAUAUCUCCAUCAGCUGUACAUAAUACUUCUCUGAAUCAAUGGAGAAAUGGAUAUUCUCCUAUAUGCAAGCCUCAAAUGAGGUCAGAAUCUUCUGCACAGCUGUUACAGGGAAGAAAGAAAAGACACUUGAGUGAAACAGCAUUAGGAGAAAGAACUAGAUUUGAAGAAUUUGCUAUUCAACGCGCAGAACCAGGAUCCCAGAGCAAUUUUACUGCAGUUACUAAUGUCAAUGUUAUAUCAAGAACCCAGAAUUCAUCAUCACAAAAUACUGCACGACGACGAUUGCGAAGUGAGAGCUCUUAUGAUAUAGAUAAUAUUGUGAUUCCCAUGUCAUUAGUGGCCCCAGCUAAAUUAGAGAAACUCCAAUAUAAGGAAAUAGUUACUCCAAGCUGGAGGAUGGUUGUUCUUCAGCCUCUGGAUGAAUAUAAUUUGGGUGAAGAAGAGGUAGAAGACCUCUCUGAUGCAGUCUUCUCCCUAAGACACAAAAAAUAUGAAGAGAAAGAGCAAGCCCGAUGGUCACUAUGGGAGCAAAGCAAGUGGCAGAGAAGAAACAGCAGAGCUUACAGUAAAAAUGCUGAAGGACAGGACUUGCUUCUGAAAGAAUACGCUAACGACUUCAGUGGUGGGCAGCACUGCGCUGCUGAGAGUCCCGCUGAGCCUCCUGCAGAGAGCCAGGAUCCCCGUGCACACGCCUCCCCUUCAGUAAGUCAGAGUCAAGAGAUCAAGUCUUUGUGGUGGGAACGACGGGCUUUUCCGCUGAAAGAUGAAGACAUAGCAGCCUUAUUAUGCCAAGAUGAAAAAAGUGAUCAGAUUGAAAGAUCAAGCCCAGCUUUCCAUGGUGAAGUCUUCUGUACCAGUGCACCAGAAAACGGCCACCAUCCACAAAGGCAGGCGGAUGGAAGGGAGGAACACAAAACCCUUGGUCUAGGACUUCUCAACUCACGUUAAGAAAAAUCAGUGACAGAGAACAGGUUAAGAAAACUAUGUAACUGAAUGGGAAAACAGGAGAAAAAAUAAGCCCUGUUCCCCCACCCCCUCCACAGUCACAAUUCCAGAGUAACAGCAUGUAGUGCAGGUGCAUGUAUUAAUCUUUUGUGCUGUUUAUGAAACAGGCAAGUUACGUCUCAUUUUCCUUCCUGAACCACAGGAGUAACUAGCUUUUCACCUACAGACAAGUGCUAGUCAUUUGUGUUUGAUGCAGAUCACAAGCACCAGAAGAUUAACUGCUGCAAUUUGAUGUCAAAUCAAUCACAUUACUGGGUAAAUAAUAAUUUUUAAACAACUUAUACCCACACCCACAUAUACCUAUGCAUCUAAUGACAGCUCUUCUUUUUCUAUACACGUGGUUAUUCUUUAAAUUGCCUCAGCAAUAUAUUAAGAAUAUAAAAUACAUGUGUAUAGAGUAUACAUGCAUACAUAUACACACAUAUAGUUUUAAAAAACACUGGCAAGUGACCACUCCACUUGAAAAUGCACAUAUCAACUACCCCAUGAAAUAUCAGCUGAACCAUAAAUAAAGAAACACAGAUUUCCAAUGGUGUUGAACAUCUAUAAGCCUUGCCUUGACUAUGGAGAAGGAAUUUUUUUAAAAAACAUGUUUAACCAAUAGAAGUUAGUUAUUUAUGGAAAUUUCUAUACCAGAUAACACAAUACUCCUCCUUUAUUUGAAAUCACUGAUAUCUGUUGGGUUAAACACAGGUUAUUUUCUAUUCACUCCUAACAAACAGAAUAAGAAAAGCAAAGUAGUUAAAUAUUGUUGUAUUUUAAAACUACCACACCUUUUAAAACUCAACUUGAGUUUUAUCUAUUUUAUGUAUCUCAUGAAGAGAAAACACCCAACUUAAAAUAAGCAACAGACAGGAAAUUCCUGUUAGUAUAUUAUUGUACUUUUAGUUAUUUUGGUCAUUCCCUACCAUUCCUUACUCUAUUCAAAUAAGCAUCUAUCCUAGAGUGAGAAUUAAAAUUCUUAAAAGGUUAAUGCUUCAAUAUUGGAUACUGGAGUGUACAUUAAGUAAAACUCCUUUUGACACUAUUACAUCAUUUUUUUAUAUGUAAAAAUUGAGGACAAUUUAUAUGAAUCACUUUUUCUCAUGUAAAAAAGGUUAUUCCAGUUGUAGUACCCAUAUAACUGACAAUCCUAGCCAACUGGCCUAAUCUGGGGGAUCGGACACUAAGUUUUUGUUGGGGAUUAGAAAUUGUACUAGUCCCUUUAAAGAAGAAGAAGAAAAAAAUUUCCAGUUCAAUGCUGACAAAUUUUUGCUUAUAGUUUUACUGUACAUUUAUAUUUUAAAAAAGAAAACAAAAGCCGGAACAAACCCAAGUUGUCCAGGCAAAUAAACUCAGAUUUUUUUGUCAUGACUGAUAUUAUAAUCUUCUAUGUAAGUUUUUUUAAUUAAAGUUAUUUCUGUA